AUGGACGAGGAGCAGGAGACAGAAGAGGUUGCUUUUGAGCACUUCAAAAAACACGUUGAUGGGCUCGGCCGUGACGUGACGCUGAUCCACCUGGCGCCUGAUGGCUGUAUCAUCUCUGUUUCGACCGACCUUAUCAACGACGUAACCGAGUGCGUCUAUUACCCUCAACUCAACCUCAUUCAGCUAUCAGCAGGCGUUCGAACCAUUCUCCGCUCCGAGCUGCGAGAACUGGAUCGGUUCAUUGGAAACGUCGACCUGGUCUCGUAUCAGGCCGAAUCCGACGACAGCAAGGCGUCCGUGACCAAAACGGCCGUCUUCAAGUACUACUGGAAUUCUCAAUUUGUGGGAAAGAUAUGGGAUGAGAUGAAUCUUUGGCUGCGACUGUCCCAUCAUCCCAACAUCGUUCCCAUUGAUCGCCUCGUGCUCGACGAAGUGCAAGGCGGUGUCGUGGGGUUCACAACCAUCUUCAUCCCUGGUGGCACCCUCGAAGACAAUGUGUCCCGCACCUUCAAGCUCAAGUGGUGCAAACAACUCAUGGCCUUGGUUGACGACUUGAACUUGCGAUAUGGCAUUGCCCACCAAGACAUUGUCCCACGCAAUCUGCUAGUCGAUGAAUCUACGGAUAAUAUCAUGCUAUUUGAUUUCGACUAUUCAGCCCAGAUUGGCCAUGGUCGAGGCCCCCUCUUCUUAUCAUACUGGUAUGCCAAACCAUCAUCCUCAUCUUCUCAUUUGUCUACGACUAACCUCGAGGUUAGGGACAUUCGGGAUGACGUGAGAGCCGUUGUCUUCACCAUCUACGAGAUGAUCACGCGCGACUUCCAUUUCCGGGAAGAGGACUGGGAGAAGCUCGAUGUGUCUUUGAUACAAGAUAUCGAGUGGGUGCAGCAUCCGGACGUCACGCUCGACCACCCGGUUGCCGAGUACCGUUCGCUCCUGAACGCAUGGUUGAAGACGCGCGCGGAAGGGAAGAAGGUCACCGUUUACACGGACGCGCCUGAGUGUAUUGACUGGCCAAUCCUGGAAAUGCCAAUUGGAGAGUAUACGACCAGCACUGGGGCCGUGAGACAGGUACAGACCUGGACGCCUGUGGACCGGUCCCAAGCUCUGGCCCUGGGAAAAAAGACGGUUGAAUGGCGGAGGCCGAAGCAGAGCACGCUAAAGGGCGACUACCACCUUCUCGCCACUGGAGAACUGCUAGAUUGA